UGGUCCAAAAUCGACCAAGUAUGGGUAUAGCCCAAUAAAAAAAUAAAAAUAAAAUAUACUGAUGCUUUCGACUCUCAGACUCUCCCCUUCUCCCUUUGGCGCUGUCCCCAUUUUGCUUCUGCCUUCCAGGAGUUCCAGCCUUCUAGGUUCGAUUAGCGAGUCCCGGCAGUCCGCCGAGCCACCUCCACCGCUCCACGCCUGAGCCACCUCCUCCGCCACCGAGCCACCUCCACGGCUCCACUGCGACUCUGCGAGACUGCGACUCCUUCAAUCCCAGAUCCCAGCUUGAUUUAAUGAUUGUGAACCCAUUUUCAAUACCGAAAUCUUCUAUGGUCAGCAACUCAUAGUGGUGUGAGAGGUGUCUUGCGUAAUGAAAAAGGUGAAUUCAUUGCCGGAUGAGCCUCUCACUGGGUUCCAAAUCUCAAAAAAAAAAGAGUUCUUCGCAAAAUUUUUGUAUGUAUAAAAUUAGCCCAAUCCUCCUGUCAUUCCUGGCUACGUCCCUGCUCACAGCAUCAAGCUUCCAUCGAACGGUGCGUUUUGGACUCCCACCUCCGCGGCCAUGAGAGGCAAAGGCACGGUGACGCCUCUAUCCUCUGUCUUCUCAGUGGAAGACACACAGAAAGCAGCGAAGCGCGUGCAGGACACGAUCGCCCAGAAGGACCUCGAGCUCGACCACCUCCGUGGCUUCGCCGCCGACAACACAGACCUCAUUAACCUCGUCGCCCGACUCCCCGAACACCUCCACCACGACAUUAUGGUUCCGUUUGGGAAGGCAGCAUUUUUCCCUGGGCGGUUGGUGCACACCAAUGAGUUUAUGGUUCUACUGGGAGAAGGUUACUAUGCCGAAAGGACUUCGAAGCAAACAGUAGAUAUUUUGAACAGGAGAGGGAAGGUAUUGGAGUCCCAAGUCGAUUCGCUCAAGGCCAUGGUUCAGGAUCUCAAAGCUGAGGCUUCCUUUUUCAAUGCUACUGCCACCGAAGCAGCGGAGGGCCUUGUAGAGAUAGUGGAAGAUUAUGAGGAGGAAAGUUCUUCUGAUAGAGAAUGUACACCCAAGCAAGAUUAUGCUAAUAAUUCUAGAGCUGUAAUUGCACAACCUGCUGAUGAAGAUGAAGAAUUUGCUCGUAUGAUGGCCAGGAUGGAUGAACUUGAGAAAGAAGAACGUGAAGCUGAAAGUCAUAUGGCACAAAGUGAUGAGGAUGAGCAACUUCAGCAUGGUUUGCAUCAGCUUUCUGAUCAGAAAUCUCUCCAUGGGAAUCUCAAAAUUUCGGAGCAGUACCAGUCAAGGAAACCUCCAGAGCAGACAAAAGAUGGAAUUGCUUCUAAUGAAGAUAGUUUUACUGAUGUGCCAAGUGGUUCGGGUCUGGUAUCUAAAUAUGAAGAUAAAGUAUCACAUGAAAAUAUAUUGGGCCGUGAUGUAAAAAGUGUUGCUGAGAAAGAUUUGGUGUCUCCGGUAGUUGAGAAUGUUCAGACUGUGCCUUUAUCAAGAAGUCAGGUUUCUCUUGAAAGUUCAAAACCAAAAUUUGACAGGGAGAAAGCUUUUACAGGUUCUAUUGUGGAGCACGCUGAUAAUCUACAGAUAAAAUCAAGGGAAAGAACUACGGCUAUAUCGCAGUCCUCUGCUUCUCAAGUUUCAAAGCCAGUUUCAAGAUUCAAGAUGCAGAGAAAGUAGUUGCCUAUAAUAUUAGAGAUGUAAUUGUGGAAGUGCCCACAAUACAAGGGUCAUUUUGAAUCCAACUGUAGCCUAGAUACUAGGUUAAAUAGUUAACCCCCUUUGUAGAAUGUUGAAAAUGAUGUAGGAAUAUCCUUUUAGUUCAUGUAUACCAAUGAAAUGUUUGCAGUUGACCCGUGGUGGUUUGUAUAGUUAAGAAGCCUAUGAAUUUUGUGGAGCUUUCUUUGAAGGGAAAAAAAAUCACACACUGUCAAAAUUUUGAAUGUUA